AGAUACACUUUUCCAAGAUUUAUAGCUAGGCUUGAUCUCGUCCAAAAACAAAAAUUUUUCGCCACCGGAUAAGAUGGAAAUCAACGUAGUAGAAAAUGUAGAAGACUAUACUGAAGCCGAAGAACCAAGUCAGAAUCCUCCUCCUCCUCCUCCUGGGUUAUUUAGCAGCAAUAACUCUCUUGUUUAUAAAGACCAAAGGCAGAAUAGGAUCGUGCAAGCGACGAAUUUCACCGUUAAGGUCUUAAACAAAUUUGAAGACGAGAAGAUGCAGGGAUAUAUCUUCGAAAUAAAACAGCAUGCCCGUGGACGUGCAAAAACUUGGAGCUGUGCACUAUCAAUGCAGCAACUUUGCAACACACAAAGUGUUUUUGCUGCAUUGCAGUAUGCCUCAAAGAAUUCCUUGUGGUAUAAACUACCUAAGGAUGCACCAGGGUCCAGCGAUCUUGCUUUAUACAUGUUUAGUCUUGGGCAAGAGUUUGACAGCGUGAGAGAUGAAAGUAACAUUAUCAAGAAGGUUGUCACCAAGUUUCCUUCUUGGCAGCAAAUUGCAAGCAAUGAUGAGCAAAAUCAACUACCAGUAACUGUAUAUGUGGUCAGUGAGGAUACACAGAUAGAUGUGACAAAUAAAAAAGUUUUAGAGGGUGCGGAGAGAAUUGUUUGUUUAACAAACAAUAAAGAUGAGAUCCCGACACAAGAUAUCAGGCAUCACGUGGAAAGUGUUGUGCAAGAUGAGAUUCCACCUCAUAUCCAUAAUGUGGAAGCAACAAUCCACUUCAUCCCUGCAUCAAAAGAAGGUGCAGCAGAAGAUGUAGGAUCAAGGCAUGGGAAACGGUGCAGAUCAGGAUCAUCAAAGCUUUUUGACAAGAUUCAUCCUGGCAUUUUGAAAGAUAAACGUGUGCGCAAGAAGACAAAGAACAAGGAUUUUUAAAAACUAACUACAUUUUAUUUUAUUUUAUUUGUUUGUAAAAUUUUAUUUCUUAAGCUUGGUAUGGUUAAUAUAUUGUCUUUCAUUUAAACAAAUGGCUUUCAUAUUUAUCAGUAAUCGCUGUUACUAUUGAUUUAUUUAGUAUAACCCCUUUCAGGAAUGAGGAAGCUCUUUUAAGAUAUAUAUAGCAAAUGGCUAAUUUGCUCCCUUAUAGGAAUAUUGCAAGAGUUAUUGUUAUUAGCAUUUUUAGCAUAAGGAAAAAAAUGAAAGAUGUAUGAUUAGGUUUAAUUGAUGACAAAUAUGUUUCCAGUACAUUUAAGUCCUAAUUUUAAAUUGUAAUAUUAAGUCAUCCCAAAAACCCUGUACACUACAAUUUGGCUGGUUAUUUAUAGUGUUUAUUAUAAUAUGCAUGCAAACAAACAAAAGGACUCCAAACGUUUAGCGUCUAGUACCGUAGUCUAUUUGGGUAAUUUAUAGUGCCCAUGUUUAUUGGAAUUACUCUAGUUUUAUAUUUCAGCAAUAGGCCAUGCUCAUGAUACUUAUUAAAAAAAUUAGUAUUAAAUGAUACAAAAUAAAUUUAUAAGUUAUUCAGAAAUAAAAUGUUAAAAGUUUGUUAAAAGUUGCAUUAAACAUUGAAAGGAUCAGUAAGUUUUUAUGGUUAUUUAAUGGCAUUUUUAAUAAGUGCCUUAUUAGUAGUAAUGAAAUAUAGUGCAUGAUAAUUUAAUUU